CCUGCUCCAGCAGGGAGACAGCUUGACAAAUAGCAUCUACCCAGGAUACAGCAUUGCUGGCAAAGGAGCACAUGUGGGGCUUCAUCCUGGGAAUCCCUGCCUGCUAGCACUCAGAAUCUAGACAUGGAUUUUUCCUUCUCUGUCCUCCUCGUCUCCCUCAUACUAGUCUGGACUCACUUACUAGCUGAUUUGUGCUCGGGGCUCCAUGCAGAAUCCAUAAUGUCACUGAACCUGCCCAUUACUAGCGAGUCUGCCAGUGAUGAUGAGCAAGUUAAACAACCAGGACAGUCUUGCGAUUUCAAAAUUCAUUGCCCCUGGGUGUCAUCAACAAAAAGUGAUGGGAAGCCACACUGGGUACAGACUGUCAUUGGAGACCUUGAACCGGAAAAACAGAGGAAACUUUUGGAAAGUCAGUCUUCACCAAGACACGAACAAGAUGAAAUACUAUUCCUGAACACCAGUCGGUCCACUGAGUCCUGUGAAGUGACUUGGCUGCUCAGCCCUGUUCUGACUGGAAGUUCCGAGAUGUGUCAACUUGAACUAGUUCUUUACUCACAGGAAGAUGCAAUUAUGACAGCGAUGGUGCACAAUAUCAAAGCAAAUCUCAGCUUGCCACUCUCACUCAAGGAAAUGACAGUCAACAAAAGAUCAAACUGGAAGAUGCUGAGUUCAGAGAUAACAGGAGUGAAUGAGCCAUUUCAGAUAUCUUUGGAUUACACCCAUUGUGCGCAGGAAGCAGAUCAUCUUAUAGUCCUGGAGACCCUAACCCUGAGACACUGUUCUGCUGAAAUCCUUCCAUCUGGAAGCUACUGUUCCUUUGAAGACGGAACUUGCGGUUGGACUCCAUAUGAUGGAAGUGAUGCAACGUGGCUAUACACUGACUCUACACAAAUUGAAGAUACACCCCUCACUGACCUUACAUUUGUGAAAGGGCAUUUUCUGUAUUUGUCUGUUCAAAGCCAGCAUAGUGAUGGUAAUGCAACUAUUUACAGUGCCAUGUUUCCAGUAGUGGUCCCAAAAAAUGUGUGCCAGCUUAGUUUCAAGUUCCUGAUCUCUGGGAUCUACAAUGGCUCCCUUGGAAUAUAUGGCCUGGAGGAGGAGAAAGAAUUCGGGAGUUCAGUGAAACUCUGGGUAAAGGAAGGGGCAUUGGGCGACUUUUGGAAUUCAGGAACACUGCAAAUUCCCCAGUUCCAAAACAGAUUUCGUUUACAUGUAGUGGCAACUUGGGGUUGGAAUUCCCAUGCACACAUCGCUUUAGAUAAUGUCACCUUUUCAGUGGAUUGCUUUCAUGCAGGAAGAAUAGAAACUGGAUAUGAAAACCAUGAUUUUGAAGAAGACAUGGUGACGCCUCUGUCUGAGCCCUUCUACACAGAAGAAAAUGCCGAACUUGAACUCCAGUUUACUUCGUGCGGUGCCAGCGGACCUCACGGACCGACUCAGACACAAUGUGACAAUGCUUACCGCAGCAGCAACAUAUCUGUAGUUGUGGGGAAGGAAGGUCCACUUAGGGGAGUACAGAUGUGGAAGGUCCCAUUCACCAACAUGUACCAAAUUUCUGCCUAUGGAGCGGCGGGAGGCAAAGGAGCAAAGAACCACAACAAUCCUGCCCAUGGGGUCUUCAUUUCUGCCAUCUUCCCUCUGGAGAAGGAUGAGAUUUUAUACAUCCUGGUUGGCCAACAAGGGGAAGAUGCCUGCCCAGGGAAAAAUGAACUGACCAGAGAAAUAUGCAUGGGUAAGUCCUCCAUUAUUGAAGACAAUUAUGAUGACCAGAAAAAGCUCUCAGAGUGGGCAGGUGGCGGAGGAGGAGGUGGUGGAGCAUCUUAUGUCUUCAAGGAGGUAAAUGGUGUAUUUAUACCAUUACUGGUGGCAGCUGGGGGUGGAGGGAAAGCCUACCUAGAAGAUCCUGAGGACGCCUUAGACCUGACUCACCCAGAGAGGUUUGAAAACAAUACAGCCGUGCCAGGCCUCAAUGGAGUGUCUGGAGCAGCAGGUGGAGGGGGUGGAUGGAAUGACAUAACUGAGUUACCUAUGGCUGGAAAAUCGCUUGUAUUUGGGGCAGAAGGAGGUCAGUCCUGCUACAGAGCAAUAACAAAACUACAGUGGUAUACAUCUGGUGGAUUUGGUGGUGGAGGAGGUCCCUGCACCUCCGGUGGUGGAGGAGGGGGCUACCAAGGUGGUAACGCAUCUGAACUGGAUGAAAUCUUUUCUGAUGGACAGUACGGUGUCUCAUUUUUUCACCCAUCUGUAAAAAUCUUCCUGCAUCCUUUAGCUGCUAUGGAGAGCCACGGAGAAGUGCAAAUUAAAGUUUUCAUAAACUGUAGCCACUGUCAUAAUGACAAUUGCAAGAGAGACCCAAUCAGCAGGAAUGUUGUAUGUCUUUGUGACAUUGGGACUGUGCUCGCCAGCGAUAACACAACCUGUAUAGUUCCAAAAUGGCCAAUGGCUGAGAAGCAGCUCCCACUCUCACUGAUUCUUGCUGUCCUUAUAGCGACGGUCAUUCUUGGUGUCAUCUUUGCUUGUGGAAGCCUGUCGUUUGUUUACCACCGUAAGAAGAAACAGCUGGAAGGAGCACGGGUGCGACUGCAGAGCACAGAGUACAAACUGAGCAAGAUCCGUAGUUCUAUCAUCAUGACAGACUACAACCCUAACUACUGUUUUGCAGGGAAGGGAGCCAGCCUGAGUGAACUGAAGGAAGUUCCUCGCAAGAACAUUACUCUGCUUAGAGCCCUGGGUCAUGGUGCUUUUGGUGAGGUUUACGAGGGGAUGGUUGUUGGGAUUUCUGGAGAUCCAAACCCGCUCCAAGUAGCUAUAAAGACACUACCAGAAAUCUGCUCUGAACAAGAUGAAAUGGACUUUCUCAUGGAAGCUCUGAUAAUCAGUAAAUUCAAUCACCAGAAUAUUGUGCGCUGUAUUGGAGUGAGUCUCCAAACCCUUCCUCGUUUUAUCCUGCUGGAGCUUAUGUCAGGUGGGGACAUGAAGAGCUUCCUCAGGCAGAAUCGUCCGUGGGUUAACCAACCUUCUACCUUAUCCAUGCUAGAUCUGCUGAAUGUGGCCAGAGAUAUAGCUUGUGGCUGCAAAUACCUAGAGGAGAACCACUUUAUCCACAGGGACAUAGCAGCCAGAAACUGCCUUCUAACGUACAGUGGGACAGAGCGUGUGGCUAAAAUUGGUGACUUUGGAAUGGCACGGGACAUUUACAGAGCAAGCUACUAUCGAAAAGGGGGGAGAGCCAUGCUACCAGUGAAGUGGAUGCCACCAGAGGCUUUUCUAGAGGGAGUCUUCACCUCUAAAACAGACACUUGGUCUUUUGGAGUUCUACUCUGGGAGAUCUUCUCUUUGGGCUACAUGCCAUACCCAUGCAAAACUAACCAGGAAGUGCUGGAAUAUGUCACCAGUGGUGGGCGCAUGGACCCCCCUAAGAACUGCCCAGGGCCAGUAUACCGUAUAAUGACUCAGUGUUGGCAGCAUACACCAGAGCAUAGACCCAACUUCUCCACAAUUCUAGAAAGGAUCAGUUACUGUACACAGGAUCCUGAUGUGAUUAAUACACCUUUGCCAGUGGAAAGUGGGCCAGCACCUGAAGAUGAAGGAAGCACAAGUAUACAGCCAAAAAGCUGCAAUGGAAUCAACCCCAUCAUGAGCAGCACACCACUUGCUCCUUUGUUGGAUACACAGUCCACAGAACAAAAGCAUGGAGAUGCUCCUCAGGAAUUAUUAGUAGAGAAUCUUGCUGGCUGGAAUAUUAAGACAACAGGCUUGCAAACUGUUGCUGAAUCAACUGAAGGAUCAUGGUUCCAAUCAAACCUCAGCACAAAAACAGAGCCAAAACCCCAGACAACACACAAACUGAAAAAUAAGUCAAAAAACCUCUGGAACCCAACUUAUGGUUCUUGGGUCAUGGAGAGCACUUGUUAACACAUUUAUGAACAGCAACGCUGUGAAGACUCAGGUUUGGACCUUAGAACUGUGGGUUUUAUCCCACUCUUUGGUUGUCUUUAGCAUUUCCAAAGAAAACUCACCAUUUUCCUUAUUCUAUUUUUGCCAACAUUACACACAGUAGUGUUGCUAGGUUUCUGGGGACUUGGGUCAAAGACCCAUGGGCCAAUGUUGCUACUGCAUGUUACACUUUCACAAUGCAGAGUGAAUGUGGAAAGCUACUAAAUUAUAUUGUAAAGAAGUAGAGCUCAGUUAAAAAUUUGUCAUUGAUACCCAGAACACAUUGCAUGGGGCCUAACGAAGGGAACCCAGGUUUCCAAGCCUCAGUCCCCCUGAUAGAAGGGAUGGACCUCAGAUGUUCCCAAACAGCACUGUGAAUUUUAGUUUUUAACAGACUCUUAAAACAUCAGAUUGGGCCUCAACCGUCACAAUUAAGAAAUUAAAAUCUGAUAAAUAUAUAUAUAUAUUUUACUUUUAAGGUUUUGUUUGUGAACUGAAUGGCAAUAAGGUACAUAAAAUGCUAUCAAAUAAUGUACAGGCUUACUGAAUAGGGGUGUACAAUUUAUGUGCAUAAGUCCCUUUAUCCAUUCCCAUAGAAAGUCACACUUAUAGAAAUUUAACAUGGUUUAAGCAUUAUUCUUUUUAAACCAUACACAUUUACAUGGAAACUCAGUAAACUCUUCUGGUUAAUAUGUAUGCUAUGAUCAAUUUAUUUAAGUUUGUGACUUGAAUGCAUAGCUUUUUACUUUUGAAUAAUUUAAUGAAAAGGUAUUCUACCAACAUUAUAACACAGAAACUCCAUAGUUUCUCAAACAUUUAAUACUUGCUAUACACUAGGCAUCAUGGGUGUACACGAGAGCCUAGACUUAGAGGUGUGCGGGUUGACCCAAAACACAUCGGUUGACCACCGGUUGGGCAGGUUCUGGAUGAUAUUUGGCCAACCAUUGAGGGUUAGGGUUGGGUGUAGGUCAAACUGGGGGAAGUACACUCCUCUACUGCUCCCAAAGAUCUUAAAACAAGAGUCGCACACAAAAGUAGUGUAUAGAGUGAGAAGACAGGAGUACGAGUCAGGUGCAGGUCCUACAAUGGCAAGAUUUUGAGGGUUAGGGUCGGGUGUGGGAUGAGUUUUCCCAAACCCACACAUCACUACUUAGAAUUAUUAGGUGCAAAAACUACUGCUGAAUUUCACCUAUUAAAAUGCCAUAUACAUCACACUUAUACUAUUUUGGUGCAUAGGGAGGAAGGCUCAGUGUAUGCCGACUCAAAGGAAGCCUCUUUCUAACACCUGCCUUGAUCAGACAAGUGCAGGGCUCCUUUUUAUGUUGUGCCCCCAGAGAAGGACCUUUGACAGUUUCUGCUUUAAGAACAUUUCAUGCUUGCCGUCAACAUUUGUACAUUUUAUAUCUGUGGCAUACAAUGCAUAUUAUCUAAAAAGAUGCAAUAGUUUAAGUAUAAUAAUUACCGUAUAGCUGUUUCACACUGCUGAGUGCAAUUCAAUUUGGGUAGUGGGAUGUAAUGAUUUAUUAUUGAUAUCAUACACAUUAUAUGAACCUAAGUGUAAUGAUUGACAGAAGUAGCUGCAAAUCACAACUUUAGUCCAAGCCAGUGGUGUAACUAUAUGUUAUUGCACAGCAAAUUAAUUUUAGGGCCCCCCAAAUAUGCAGAAGUUGCCCUGUUUUACCAAUACAUAUUAAAAUGGCCCAUUUAUUAGGGCUUCACAGGGCCCCCUAUACCUCCUGGGUCCCCCUUCAGCUGCAGGGUCUGCUUCCUCUGUAGAUACGCCCCUGGUCCAAGCCCUUGCAGCCUGCAGUGUACAGCUGAGCAGUACUACUGGAUCCCUGAUCAUGUCAUGCUUGCACUACACUCAGUAAUAUGAAAGAGCUGUAAGAGACAUCCAGUUUUUUUUUCAGCUUAACAGGUAUACUAUUUUGAUAACUAAAUGAAUGCCAAUAAAAACUGGAAUUCACCGUU